AUGAUCAGUCGAAUAAGCAUGUCACGAUAUGCUGCCAAUCGAGUUAGGUGCAUUCAUCGUUGCUCCAGAACGGCAUCCUCGAACUCGAAACGGUGCUACUCGCAGUACAACUAUAACCAAACUUAUGCCAGUUACAAUCCGUCUCCAAAAACAUCAUUGUUUAGAAAAUUCCUUUAUGCAACCCUUGGCAUUACUAUGAUCACAGGGUACGCCUACUAUAUGUGGUGGCCAAAACAUACCUUCCCCAGUUCAGUGGCCAAGAUUUUGCGAAAGGGACUUUGGGCUGAAAGUGAUCGUGGUGAACAUGAUUAUCAACUUGCAUUGAAAUAUUAUCUUGAAGCAUUGGAACAUUGCAAAGAAAUUGGUAUGGAUCCAUUGUGUGAUGAAUAUACCGGUGUGCAAUUAAAAAUCGGGGAAAUGUUCGAACGAUUGGGGAUGAUGAGUGAUGCAGCAUUUGUCUAUAAUGAGAUUGCUACAUUGUAUUUGAGUGUAUUGACGGCAAAACCAAUUGAUUCAAAAGAUUCUAUAAGACUCAUAAGCAGAGAUUUGAGACGGCAUUUGAUUCAAAAGGAUUUGAGGAUUGCUAUUAAGUUGGUUGAAUUGAACAAGAAUAAUCCUGCUUUAUGUAAGGCAAUCUUGGUUACUCAUUUGAUUAUUGCUCAAGAUGAAGUCAACAAAUUGGGAGGCUCAGCAGGAAAGUUGAACUUGGUCACCAAGCUCAAUCCUGAUGAGAAGGAUAAACAAGAACCAAAUAAAUUUACAGCAACCUUGGACAAUGACUCAAUUUUAAUCAAUGAUGAAUCAGGAAAGGAAAUUGCCAGUAUCAAAAAAACACCAGAGGUUUGGGAACCAUUUACUGAUGAAUUUUUCAACGCUAUGGAUUUACUUAGUGCCAUUUGCAUAUCAACUGGAGAUUUGGCAAUGGCUUCAAAAGUAAAGAUUGCCAUGACUGAGUCCAUGCUCUUGGCUGAUGUUGAACAUGGAAAGAUGCUCUUGUCACAAUGUAAUUUGGGCUCGUUAUUGUAUAUGCAAGCAGAGGAGUUGGAAGCGCAAGAGAUUGCGAUGAAGAAGAAAUUUGCAGAGCUUGCUAAUAUCGAUUACUCCAAAUUAUCAAACGAUGUCGAGUUGAAGCAAGAUAAAUCAACACAAGAGAUAUUAAAGGCAAAAGUGCCUUCUCAUGACCAAGAACUUUUUGCCAAAGUAUCACAAUCACGACAAAUUUGUAUUCAAUUAGCAAUCAAGUCUUAUGAGUCGGUUUUGCAAUUUGCCAAAUCAAUCCCUCAGGAAAUUACGAAGCAACACAAUGAAAUUAAUGAAACUGUAGCAUUGGCCACUUAUGGAUUGGGGGUGGUAAACUUGCACUUGUCAAACUAUGACAAAGCUGAGCGGUUGUUACGUGAAUCUCGAGUUAGAUCAAGAUCGUGUGAUUACGAGUAUUUGAUACCUGAAAUUGAACGUGAAUUAAAGAAAUUAUUUGAAGAGAGGAAAUUGACUCAACUGGGGAAACCAGUGGAGAAGACGCUGCUGAAGGCCAUUGAAAUGGAUAUUCAUUUACAAUAA